CCCCAGGGGGGUGACGGACUAGCCGGGCGGGAGCCGAGAGCCGCCGCUUGUUUCUCCUGUUCUCUCGGCGCUGGGGCGCAGCGGGUGGCCAUGCGGGACUACGACGACAUCAUCGCCUUCCUGGGCGAGUGGGGGCCCUUCCAGCGGCUGGUCUUCUUCCUGCUCAGCGCCAGCAUCAUCCCCAACGGCUUCAACGGCAUGUCGGCGGUGUUCCUGGCCGGCAUCCCCGAGCACCGCUGCCGCAUCCCGGAGGGCGCCAACCUGAGCGCGGCCUGGCUCAACGCGAGCGCCCCGCUGGAGGAGCGCGGCGGGAGGGCGGUGGUCUCGCGGUGCCGGCGCUUCAGCCUCCGCGCCCUGGCCAACCUCUCGGCCCAGGGGCUGCUCCCGGCGGACGUGGACCGGGCCGCCCUCCCGCAGGAGCCCUGCCUCGACGGAUGGGAGUACGCCACCGAGCCCUACCUCGCCACCAUCGUCAGCCAGUGGAAUCUAGUAUGCGAUGAUGACUGGAAAGUCCCCCUGACGACAUCUUUGUUCUUUGUGGGAGUGCUGCUUGGAUCUUUUAUAUCAGGACAACUUUCCGACAGGUUUGGCAGAAAGGCUAUUCUGUUUGCAACCAUGGGUGUGCAGACAGGUUUCAGCUUCCUACAGAUCUUCUCAACCAGCUGGGAAAUGUUCACAGUGCUUUUUCUUAUAGUUGGCAUGGGGCAGAUUUCGAACUACGUUGUGGCCUUCAUAUUAGGCUCAGAAAUUCUUGGCAAAUCAGUUCGUAUUAUAUUCUCUACGUUAGGAGUUUGCAUAUUUUUUGCAAUUGGCUACAUGUUGCUGCCACUAUUUGCUUACUUCAUCAGAGACUGGCGGAUGCUGCUACUGGCUCUUACUUUACCUGGGGUGCUCUGCGUUCCACUGUGGUGGAUCAUUCCUGAGUCUCCCCGUUGGUUGAUUUCUCAAGGAAGAUUUGAAGAAGCUGAAGUAAUUAUUCGGAAGGCUGCAGCAAAAAAUGGAGUUCCAGCCCCAGCAGUAAUCUUCGAUUCCACAGAGGUGCAGGAUUUGAAGACCAGGCAGCAGAGCAUGAUUCUUGACUUGUUCAGAACCCCAAAUAUUGCUGUUAUCACAAUCAUGUCACUUUUCUUGUGGAUGAUUACAUCUAUUGGUUACUUUAGCUUGUCACUCAGCACCCCCAACUUGCAUGGGGAUGUCUACCUCAACUGCUUCCUGUCUGCACUAACAGAAGUUCCAGCCUGUGUGAUUGCUUGGUUACUUCUCCGAACAUUACCUCGGCGUUAUUCAAUAUCUGGCACACUCUUCUUGGGAGGAGGAAUUAUCCUGUUUCUUCAGCUAGUACCUCAAAACCUCCACAUUCUCUCUGUCACUUUGGUGAUGUUGGGGAAGUUUGGAGUCACAUCUGCCUUCUCCAUGCUUUACGUUUAUACUGCGGAAUUGUACCCAACUAUAGUGAGAAACAUGGCAGUGGGUGCUGCUUCAAUGUCCUCCCGGGUGGGCAGCAUCAUUGCUCCUUACUUUGUUUACCUUGGUGCCUAUGAUAGGUUUCUGCCAUAUAUCCUUAUGGGAAGCCUUACUGUGCUGAUAGGAAUUCUCACCCUCUUCCUACCAGAAAGUUAUGGAAACCCUCUGCCAGAAACAUUUGAAGAGAUGCUACAAAUCAAAGGGUUCAGAAAUAGAAAAAACACCUACAAAAUAGGGAAUUCAAUGCAACAUGAAUUGAACAGCAAGAACCUGCGAACAUCAUUUUAAUAAUAUAUAGCUGACUGUUGACAAAAUGGGCAACCAGGACUUGUUAGCAAAUGUUUCUGAAGAUAAAUGAAAAGUCAUUAAAUCUACUAGGAAGAGGUUGUCUUAUUGCUGACAGUUCACAACACUACUGUACCAAAAUGAGUGGGUUUGUGGUUAAGUUUCUGUUGGUAUACAUAAAAGUCCUAGUAGUUCUUUUUGUGCCUUGAUUUUAAGAUUAGUUGAGUUUUUUGUAAAGUCUUAAGCACUUUCAUCUCCUCUGUUAGUUUGGAUAUGAUACAUUAAAAAAAAUAAGGCCAUGAAUAAUUAUUGAAAGAAGGGAGAUAAUGACUGCAUAGAAUCUUAGAGCUGAAGUGUCAACACAUCAAGUUCCUUUGAGCUCCACGUGCCAUUUUCAAACCCCUGAGAAGAACUGAAUAGCUAAUCCAGCCAAUGUUGAUGUCAUUGUUUGCUUAGUUAUUUUUCAGAAAUAAAUAUAAUAAAUACAGGCACAGACACAAACUUUUUAAAAGUCAAAUAUAUUAUUUGGAGAUUAUUUGAUAGUCAGGUGUGAACUUCAAUCAUAUUUCUCUCUAUGCAUCAUACCCAAUGAUAGCUAUAAAAAUUCAGCUAUGUAACAUCAGUUGGCAUUAACCAAGUAGGGUUUCUUUGGGAGCUUGCCAGAGCAUAAAGCAGCAUCGUCAAACUGCAGCCUUCCAGCUGUUUGGGCCUCCAGCUCGCAGAAUCCCUGACCAUUGAACAAGCUGGCUAGGGUUUCUGGAAGUUAGAGGCCAAAACAGCUGGAGGGCUGCAGUUUGAGGAUGCCUGGAAUAAAGAAAGAAUAAAGUCUGCAAACUACUAUGGCCCGUCAAGCCUCUUUUCCUCCUCCAUUUAAUAUGCUAUUCACUGGGUCCAAACCAACAGCUGUAAAGAACCAACAUUUCUGGGACCAGAAUUAAUACAAAUAAGAUCCUGUGGUACACUUGUGUAAUCCAGCCAAAAACAUAUAUAUUAUGACUUUGGAGUGUUUUUUUUUUUUCUUUUUAUGUUUAUGCCACAGUUAUACCUUUCUACUUUUGGUGCAAAAUGAAACAAGUAUUUUGAAAAAAGAAAAAAGGUAUUUCACCUAAAAUAAGUUUGACAGUUGUAUCUUUUAGAGUUUUUGAACAAAUGUAUAGCAGAAAAAAAUUAGUGAGUUACUGACUACAUCAGGCAUUUGUGCCAAGUUCAUAUAUAAAUUAUAAUGUAUUAACAACAACAAAAUUUCCUUCCUUUGUUAAUACAAGGAAUGUACAUUUCAUAAUCCUUUCGUUUGAUGAAGCACAAUCUCCCCAUACAGUUCUGAUCAGAAAGAGAGGACCACUUCAUAUGUUGUCAGCAGCAGUAGUUAGGAUGCUGCUGAUGUUUGCUGCUGUAUCUGCUCCUAUGUCAAAGCUGAUAAUGUGUAAAUCACAACAGCAGUGUACAGGCUUGAUAAAUUAAUGUGUUAAUCAACGACUAAGACAUUAGGUCUUUCUUCAUCAAUUCCUAAAGAUCAAUGUCAGCAGCACAGCAAAUCACACAGCACAUCCUAGCUGUUUUAUAUAAUUAAUCCAUAUAAUCCGUAGUAAAUAGUGACACUAUUAAGAGUUCAUGAUUCCAAAAUCAGCUAUUUUCUCCCCAAUAAUGUAAAUUCUUUAUCAAGAAGGCUUUAUUAUGUCAGAGAAUUAUGUUUUGCUAUAUCUGCUUUGUUUAUGAUGUCUUUUACAUAAUAUCCCUAGCUUAAUGUGUGUUAUGAUUCUGUGAAUGUCUCAAAAGUUUGGAAGGUUGUGAGUUUUUGAGCCAGAAACUCCAAUUUUUCAGGUCAGCUUUUGAGCAAUAUCUCCUUCUUCUCCCACUUUCUCCUGCUUGCUGUGUAGUCAGGAAAACUCUUACGUUUUCCCCAUAUCAGAUUAAGAAUUCUAGCAAUCAUUCCCAAAGGAUUUGUAUUUUGUUUUCGUUUUUUGUCUCAGAACUUUUAAGCCGUAACUAGUCUUUGGUAAACAGGUCCAAGUCAUAAUUCUUUUCUAAAUAAACAGUUCAGCUGUACAACAGAAAAAAGUUGUUUACAUUGUCUAUUGUAAAUCUGCAAUAUGUUAAAAUACUCUAUAUUUAUGUAGAUAUUUUAUACAAAAAUACUGGAUUCUGAUCAUGUUUCGUAUUAUUGUAACUGUCACUGUUUAUAAAAUUUUCACUUGAUAUUAUUGUGGUAUUUUUGUGGAAGAUUCAACUUUACCCAGGUUUCUUUGACAUUUUAAACUUCUCUGUAUUUUGUUGGAUUGUGGCAUUGUAAAAUAAAGCCUUCAUUUCUGGAGGAA